GCGUCGUUUUAUGUCAAGCAUAACAAAGGUCGGUGUUGUGAUGGGAUCGGACUCUGACUGGCCAGUCAUGUCACAUGCCAUCGAAAUAUUGCAACAGUUUGACAUCCCAUACGAAAUGCAAGUUUUAUCAGCACAUCGCAUGCCUGAUGAAAUGUUCGUUUAUGCCAAGCAAGCCAAAGCUCGCGGGCUCAAAGCUAUUAUUGCUGGAGCAGGUGGCGCAGCACAUUUACCUGGCAUGCUUGCUUCUCAAACCAUCAUCCCUAUUCUUGGCGUGCCCGUGCCAUCCCGUUAUUUACGUGGCGAAGAUUCGUUGCUUUCCAUUGUCCAAAUGCCAAAAGGCGUUCCUGUGGCAACCUUUGCCAUUGGUGAAGCUGGUGCUGCCAACGCUGCCUUAACUGCCGUGGCGAUAUUAGCCCUAGAGGAUGAAACAUUAGCCGACAAGUUGGUGGUUUUUCGUCAACAACAAAAUUUCGCCGCCAAAAAUAAAGUAUUGCCUCCAACAAAUCGAAUCAAAGAAAAAAACCGCUUUCGAGAACUGAAUAUUCCCUGCGUUCCCAACACUGCCAUCGAAUCGGUCGAUGACUUAGGCUUUAUUCCCGACAAUUUUUUUCCAGCCAUUCUCAAAACAGCUCGUUUGGGGUAUGACGGCAAAGGACAGAUGACGGUGCAUUCAAAAGACGAGUUAAACGCUUCUUUUCAUGCGCUUAAUAGAGUUCCCUGCAUCAUCGAAAAAAAAAUUGCUCUUAAGCAAGAAAUUUCUGUUAUUUUGGCGCGGAGCCAUCAUGGUCAAUUGGUCAGUUUUCCUGUGGCAGAAAAUGUUCAUCGUGAUGGUAUUUUACAUACCACUACGGUAGAUUUUAAGGCCAAUAAGUUGCAUGUCCAAGCGCAAAAUUACGCGCAACAACUGGCAAUUCACCUUAACUAUCAUGGUGUUAUGUGCGCAGAAUUUUUUAUCGACGAACAAGAUCGGUUGUUCAUCAAUGAAUUUGCACCUCGUCCGCACAACAGUGGUCACUACACCAUGGAUGCCUGCAAUAUUAGUCAAUUUGACUUGCAAGUUCGAACAACCGCUGGUUUGCCCCUAAUUCAGCCUGUCUUAAAAAUGCCAUGUGUCAUGGUAAAUCUUUUGGGUGAUAUUUGGUUCUCUGAUCGGAACAAGACCAUCAUGUUAGCCCUAACUGGGCUGCUAUUUUGGCACUGCCAAAUGUUUAUUUACACCUAUAUGACAAACAUGAAGCUCGUUUUGGUCGCAAAAUGGGACAUGUCAACUGUACGGGAGACACCCUUGAAGCAGCACAGCAGCUUGCCCAACAAGCUUCUGCCCAUGCCAGAAAACAUUGAUUGGGCGACCCAUUAUUUGUUAGCAGGCCAUGUCAUAGCCAUACCAACCGAAACCGUUUAUGGUUUAGCUGCCUUAGCUCAUAUCCCCCAUGCUGUUGAUCAAAUUUUUCAUCUCAAAAAUCGCCCAACGCACCACCCACUCAUUGUUCACAUUGCUCAUGCUCACGAUAUCAGUCAUUUUGCGGUAACAGACUUGGCUUUUGAGAAAGCCAACCGUUUAGCACAAGCAUUUUGGCCAGGUCCUUUAACGUUCAUUAUGAACAAACAAAACCACAUCCCAAACAAUAUCACUGGAGGGCAAGAUACCAUAGCAUUAAGAUGCCCGAAUCACCCCAUCACCUUGCGUUUAUUAGAAAACAUCCGUGCACACUCCCCCAAUACCUACGUUGGGCUCGCAGCACCUUCUGCAAAUCGUUUUGGU